AUGCCAGGACUCAGCACCUCGAGCUAUGGCGUCGGACCGCCGCCUGCUUCGCCUCUAGGCUCGGUCAUCCCGGCGCACACACCCCACGCCGUCUCGGUCUCGCUCCCAACGUGGCAGGACAACGUCGCGUACGAGGAAGGCGAGCAGCGCAUCAAGGACGCCAUGACAUCAGGCUACCCCCGGUUCUAUAUCCAUCACCAGAUCCGGCAGGUAGGCGCGAGGAAUGUCUCCUUGGUGUUGGCUCGCAGCUCAUCAACCACCUCAUCCAUGCCCAUUUUUCUCAGCUCGCGGAUCUCGCCAUCGCAAAGUUUGGCCAGGCCAACGAAUCGUGCAUCCUCUUGCCCACCGCGAGAACUGCCCAAGGCUGUGUUUCUUUCUUAACAUCGCGUGAACCACCCGUGCAAUCGCGCGUUGUCGAAUGGCCCGUAGCCGCAGCGGCAAGCUUGCCUUCCGACGCCGACGACGAUGUCGACGCUCUCGCAAAGCGGCGCACGAUUCAGCUCCAAGCAUGCUUCUUCGACGAAGCGGACUUCUCCAUUGCCAAGCAAUACUGGCAGCACACCGGCGACGGCAUCUCGAGUCGCAUCGCCGAGCGGUGCCUCAUUCUGCUAGGCGAAAUCGAAGGCGAGGGCGCAGCGCACCACCACAGUCGCAGGCAGUCGCAAACAUCACCCCUUGUCGCCUCGAAUGGAGAGGCAUCGACUUCAUCUUCUUCGUUGGGGACACAUUCCAAGUCGUCUGCAGGUCGUUAUGGAGGCAAGGCCGGCGGCGGGCGUUACGGAGUCGUCAAGCCUUCCUCGACCCCCACAGGCACGGCGACGCCGACUGCAUUGGCAGCCAAACUCCGAUACUCGACCGCGUCUCGUCCGCGCAACGGGACACAUUCGGAUGAGUCGGAGCCAGCCUCGAUGACCAACUCGCUCGACGCGCUACCUCCCCGCGAGGCACUUGCGGCCGCCGACCAGGACGAGGACGUCUUGACCCGCUACGUCGAGGAACGAUACGGUCGCAACUUGGACCUGUCCCUGGCCCCGCUGGCCAAGCUGGCCAUGAGGCGCCGCAUCGCUGGAGUGUUGAGGGAGACGCCCGGGCAAGCCAUUCCGGUGGAGCGCAUGGGCAAGACCCCGGAUGGGGAGGAGAGCACGCGUGGUGUGGCGAGUUUGACCGAGCGAGACGUGUGGCUGUACCCGGGUGGCAUGUCGGCCAUCUUUCACUCGCAUCAAUUGGCCAUGGGCGCUCGGGAGAAAGACGGCAAACCCAUUGGCAAGAGCAUAUGUUUCGGGUUAGUGGGACAUAGGGGCUUGGAAAUGGGCCACCGGCUGAGCGAAUCCUCGCACACAGCUUCCCAUACACCGAUACGCUCAAGAUCCUCGAAAAGUGGGGCCCCGGCUGUGAAUUCUUUGGACGAGGCCUGUCAGAGGACCUACCGGCUCUGCGCCAAACGCUAGAGAAAGCAAAUCCUCCGAUCCUCGCCAUCUACUGCGAGUUUCCCUCGAACCCUCUGCUCCGGACACCGCCGCUCACGGCGCUGCGGGAGCUCGCCGACGAAUUUGGCUGCAUGGUCGUCGUCGACGAAACGAUCGCUGGCUUUGUCAACAUCGAGGUGUUGCCCCUCGCUGAUAUCGUCGUCAGCAGUCUGACAAAAGUGUUCAGUGGAGAUAGCAAUGUCAUGGGAGGAAGGUGAGUCAUGGGCAUCAGAAGAAUACCACACGGCAAACCUGACGAGAGGACCCCGUACUGUGCCGCCAGUCUCGUCCUCAACCCCAAGAGUGAAAAAUAUGCCUCACUCAAGGCCGUCCAGGAAGCGACCUACGAAGAUUUCUACUUUGACGAAGACGCGAUCUACAUGGAGCGCAACUCGCGCGACUUUCAACAACGCAUCGCGCAGGAAAACUACAACGCCGAGACUUUGUGCGAAUACCUUCGAUCCCGUCGAGCACCCGGCCCGUGCCCGACGGGUGUUAUAGAUCCUCCUGAGGUAUCGCGGACGGGAGGCGUCAUCAAGGAGGUGUACUACCCAAAGUAUAUGACCCCGGAGCACUACACCGCUUCCCUACGCCCACCGAGCGAGCCUUAUGCCUCGGGGUUUGGCGCCUUGUUCUCGCUUACAUUCACUUCGCUCGAGGCUUCGGCGGCCUUUUUCGACGCCUUACCCUGCUACAAGGGCCCGAGUUUGGGCACCAACUUUACACUCGCGUGCCCUUAUACGAUAUUGGCACAUUACACUGAAACGGAAUGGGCGCUCGAGUGGGGCGUCGAGAAGGGUCUGGUCCGGGUCAGCGUCGGCCUCGAGGAUGUGGAUCUCUUGAAGCAAUGGUUCGAGCAGGCGUUGGACAAGGCCGAGCAGGCAGAAGCGAAUGCGAAGAAGCUCAGCGACAGUGUCUCAACAAUAGAUGAAUAG